AUGAUGAAGGCUUUACAACUGUCGAAAGAGCUCGAGGCAUCUCUGCCGACUCUUUCACUUAUCAAUCUUCCAAUUCCGACUGCCACCCCCGGCCUUGCUCUCAUCAAAAUCCAAUAUUCCUGCAUCAAUCCAUCGGAUAGAUUCAACAGUGUGGGCGGAUUCCCAAAGACAAUCUUCCCCCGGAUUCCUGGUCGCGACUACUCCGGCACAGUGAUCGAUCUAAAGCACGAGUCGGAUGCCAUGCGCUCCAAGUGGAUCGGAAAAACUGUCUAUGGAACUGGCGGUGCCGAACUUGGCUUUAAGAUGGACGGCCCACAUGCACAAUACUGCCUUAUUCCAGAGAACAUGCUCAUCGAGAAGCCCGACACAAUUUCCCUCGUUCAAGCUGCUACAGUUGGGGUUCCUUUCACCACAGCUUUGCGAUGUCUCACGCGGGCAAGAACAACCCCAGAUGACGUUGUUCUUGUUCUGGGCGCUGGCGGGGCCGUAGGAUCUUCUGCUGUUCAAGUCGCUCGGGCAAUCGGGUGCAAGCGCAUAUUGACUGCAACCCGAAACAAGCGCGACAAUCCAGAUAUCCUAUUGGACGGGGACAUUGCUGCAGAGCUUGAGAGAAAAAUUCCUUCUCUCACCGACAAUAAGGGUGUUAAUGUGGUGAUUGACACUAUUGGAAACCUCGAUGUCAUGAAUGCUGCAAUCCAGGCUCUAGCUGUCAAAGGUCGGUAUGCAUGGAUUGCUGCGCCGAAAGGAGGAGGUUCCACUAAUAUCAGUUUGGACGUUUUCGCGGCCUAUCGAAAAGAGAUUGAGCUCGUGGGCUGUAAUUCUGGCCUUGCGACGACUGAAGAUACUGCGGAGGAGAUGCAAAUCUUGACCCGUUUCUUUGAACAGAAUUUGAUUCAAGCGCGACCUGAAUCUUCAAUGAAUGUGGUCAAUUUGGAUGAUGCGGUUGAGAAAGGGUAUAAGUCUGCUCCGAGUGCGAAGCCAACUGUAUUGAAGAUGGACUAG